UUCCCCCCCCCCCCCAAUUUUUCUCUCUAUUUUCUUUUAUUCGCUCAUUAUUAUUUUUUCAUUCCUCACUACAUUGAAAAAAAAGCUAAGGAAACAAACUCAGAUCGAGAAUGAUAAACCCUAGAAUUCAAGGCAUGACUUGAGCCGUUUGAUUCGGUUUGCUGGGUUGAUAUUGGCGGAAAGUAAUGGUCUGGAAUGGCCAUUUGUUUAUUGAUUGUUGGAUUAUGAAGCUGCAGUUGUUGCAUUGGCGGGAAGCAUGAACAUUGUGAAAGGUGUUGCCGACCUUAUUCGUCGGUCAUCUAGUGGUCACACUGGAGAAUCGCCAGGGUCACAAGGGGAGAGGCUGUCUCCUCCCACUCCAAGGAUUCGCUUCAGCGAAGUAGAUGAUGAGGCAGUUUUGAGUUCACUGUGGGAGAGAUACGAGAAUACUGCUGAUAAGGAGGAAAAGAAAAGGUUGUUUCAUGUUUUCCUCAAGCAGUUUCUGAUAGUAUUCAAGAAUUGGGAGCCUGUUAAUUAUGGCCAGUUGCCAGAGGCUGCCCCAACGGCUAUUCAACCUGGAGAGAAUUCUACAGGUGGUAAUGAUAUUGUUGGUUGUUUUGCUGGGCAUCCUUCUGAGAUAAUUUUGACUUUGACUGAAGAGAUUAUGCAAUUAACCACUUUGGUCUCUGAGUUAAAUACUAGUGCGGGACGAACAACAACAGACCUUCCUGCUGCAACCAUAAGCUUCAUAAUCACUUCCGAAGGGUUACCUGUUUUGUAUGCUUUAAAAAUUAUUGCUCGUUCACUGCAUAAUUGCAGAGUUUUUGGCUACUAUGAUGGAAUCCAGAAACUUACAGCACUAAUGAAAGGGGCAGUUAUCCAACUCAAAACAAUGACUGGUUCACUUUCUGUCGAUGAGAAUAUUUCUAAUUUUCUUACAGAGAAAAUAGGGUUCUUACAGCGACUACUUGUAUAUGUGGUGUCAAUCAUGUGUAGCUUAAUUGAUUUAGAUUCAUAUAUAUAUGAGAAAGCUCAGAUGUACAAUAUUACUGAAGGUUCUUAUGAAAUUGGUGCUUCAUCUUCAAUUAACUCUUCUAAUAGUUUAAAGGGUUCUCUUUCUGAAACAAGGCUACACUGGCAUCAGAAGGCUAUUGUCUCAGUGAUGGAAGCCGGUGGCCUUAAUUGGUUAGUAGAGUUGAUGCGUGUCAUGAGAAGGUUGAGCAUGAAAGAACAGUGGACAGAUAUGCCACUGCAGUGCUUGACUUUGAGAACCCUUUGUGUUGCGCUUUCUAAUAAUUCUCGUGGUCAAAAUCAUUUCAAAAGCAUUGGAGGGCUUGAAGUUCUAUUGGAUGGACUUGCACUUCCACCAAUUAAUAUGCUACUUUUAAAGAGUGACUCAAAUGCUGAUGGGCCAAGGUACUUUGUGAAACUAUUCAGGGUUUUCACUUGUGUCUUGAUAUUCUAUUGAACUUACUAGUUAGAAUCAGUAAGUUCCAUUUGGUUUUGUUGUUGAGGAGGUAAAACUAGAAUGUUUCCUAGUCACCUCCUUUUAAGUUUCCAUCAGCUGCAUCUCCUCCUCACCUUAUUUUUGGCCGCUUGAUGACAUAACUAAGCUUAUCAUGUGUUUUUUUGUUCUGGUUAAAUUUUCUUUCUUUUUUGUCCGCUUCUAUUUGUUGUUUAAAACCUGAACCUUUUAGUUAUUUAGUGAACGAACAUAGAUACAUGCAAUGGGAAAAGGUGUAUUAGAAA